AUGCCUAAAGGUGAGAAGAUUAAGAGAAAACUUUCCAAUUGGUCAUUUUUCAAACCAAAACCAAUUGAACCAAUUAUUAAAGAAGUCCUCUUUGAAUCAGCGUACGCUCUGUACAACUACACUGCUCAAAAUGUGGAUGAAGUCAGUCUCCUUGUUGGCGAUGUUUUAUCCGUAUUCAACAAGAAUAUUGGCUGGUGGGAGGUGAAGAACUGUCGAACUGGUCAGAAGGGCCUAAUUCCUGCCAAUUAUGUGACGAUGGAUGAAAGGGAGACGAUUGUACUAGAAGGGGUGUUCAGUGUGGAUCGAAUUGGAGCCGGGAACAUGUUCCUCUUUCUCGGUGGGGAAGUUGGAAUGUUCAAAAUACACCCAGGAAAUGUGAAUUUGUUUGAUGCUAUUCAAGACCCUUUUGGCAAAAUAGGCAGUGAAUUUCCGUAUACACUAUCUGACCGUGGCGAACGAUCUGAGAUUGAGCAUCAUCCAACAACAAUAGAUGGAAGACUCGGACUGACAGAAGCUCGGCCUCGCCGUGUUAACCCUCCUCCUAAAUUGGAUGACUGUGAAUUUAAUAUUGAUGAAUUGGAAAUUUUGGAGGAGCUGGGAUCGGGCAACUUUGGUGUGGUUUCCAAGGCCCAAAUUGGCAAUGUCUUGAUAGCAAUUAAGAAGAGCAAAGGCAAAGAAGGCAGAGAGGCUUUUAUUCAUGAGGCCCAGAUGAUGUAUGUGCUGAAGCACCCCUCAAUUGUGCAGUUCCAGGGGUUCGCUGAAGACCCCAAUGAUAACUCUGUCAUUAUCAUGCUAGAGUUCAUGGCAAACGGCUCCCUGAAACACUACCUGACAAAACUUGGAAAAUCAAAAUUCACCUACGAUGAUCUCAUCAAAAUGGCAGAUAGAUUGGUCCAAGGAAUGAUAUAUUUGGAGUACUUAGACAUUGUCCAUAUGGAUCUACGCGCAGAUAAUAUCCUUGUUAAUAAAGAGGGUGUAGUCAAGAUAUCCGAC